ACUGCAUUAUUACCAGAACAGGUAUCACUUUCGACGUUGCCAACGCCCGGCGUGCUUCCGGUAUAGCUUGACCUCUUACUUCCAUGUCCGAGCCGGCAAGGACAGGCAGAGAGCUCGAUGCCUUUUUCAACUUUUUCGCUACUUUCUCCUUGUCUCGACCAGUCGCGACCGCUGCCGACCUCAGCGAUGGCGCACCCUUGUUCGAGAUUCUCUCGCUGGUUGACGCCGACUACUUCCGCCAAUCCUCACGACAGCCGGCAUUAUCAGAGAACUGGAUUCUACGCUUUGGCACCCUGAAACGAUUAUAUCGCCUAAUAACACAGUAUUUCUCGGAUGUCCUGCAGAAACCAACGAGCGGUCUCGACGUGCCCAACCUUUCGGCAAUGGCCAAGGAUCAUGACAUUACCGCGAUCCUGAUUAUGUGUCGGUUGACCAUUGCCAUCGGUGUGCAGUGUGAGAAGAACAAGGAGUUUAUUGAGAAGAUACAGGGUCUGAGCGAAGUGGACCAGCAUACGCUUAUGAAGGCCAUCGAACGGGUGAUGGUCCGUAUAUCGAACAGUCCCGACGGCCUCGAGCAGUCGGAAACCAGUAUGACCGAAGACGACCACUAUUAUCGAAUUCAGUCUGAACGGAGUCAAAUUCUGUCCGAAAAAGAGACGCUAGAGAAAGUGUACCAAACUCUGCUCGACGAGCACCGGGUGCUGCAAACCAACUACGAUGACGUUGUCUCAGAAAAGGAUGACUUGCAAGCUCGGCUGCGAGAAGCAAGGCAUGAUGCGGACUCGCGGCGGAACGACAAGGCGGAUGGUAUGAUGAGAGCUGAGAUAGACAGGCUUCGUGCUGAACUGCAAAAGAGUGAAGACAACCUGGCUAUUGCAGAAACAGAGCUGGACAGGCUGACCGCGUUUGUGACCGACCUCACAAAGAAGCUGGAAGAAUUGCAAAUAAAGGCGGACGAAACAGACCGGCUCAAGGAUCAAGUCGAUGAGUAUAAACAUGCAUCGGACAAGUUGAGGAAGACCGAGAAUGUUAUGGAGAAAUACAAGAAGAAGUUGCAGGAGGGAGCAGACCUCCGUUCACAACUCAAGAAUCUUGAACGCGAAAAUGCCGAUUUGAUCAAUACGAACGCGUCGCUGGAAGAAGAGAACCGAAAGGCCUCCACAUAUAAGCCUCUCUUAGACUCUUAUAAAACACAGGUAUCGGAAUUAGAGGCGAAGAUAUCUGCGCGCGCGCAAGAGAUCAACACACUCGCGUUUGAACUAGAACAGGCCAAGGAAAAGGUCAAGAGGCAAGAGAAGGAGAGGGAAAAGGAUCAGGAGACACUGGAUUUAUAUCAGGAGCGUGUUCGGGAACUGGAGCUGUCCUCACACCGAGCUGCUGCUAAGUCUGAACGGAAGGAAACCUCUGACAGUUCGGAAGCCGAGUUACUGGGAAAUGUCAUAGGCGAAGACGAUGUUGAUCAGGGGUUGGGAGGAGAGCUGGACGAUGCGAUUACGGGGACGACAAUGACGGACCUGAAGUUGCAGAUACGGAAGCUGAAGCGGGAGCUCGAAGGUGUGAGGAAGAACGAGGCGGAUGCCAGUCGAGUUCUGGUACUCGAAAACCUGUUAGAAGACGCCAACAGGAUGAAGGCUCGAUACGAGAGCGAUUACUUGGCUGCUCAUCGCGAGAAACUGGUGUUGCAGCGAGAUCUCGAAGAAAUUCGGAGCGGCAAGUCCAUGGGAGACGGUGCCGAGGCCGCUAUCGCUCUUCGUCAAACACUAAAUGAAACUGUAGAGCAGCUGGAUGCUUUGCGUAAGGAGUUCGCUGAGCUCGAGGUCAAACUCGAGACUCAGACUAGGGAGCUCACUAUUGCGAAGUCUGAUCUCACCCUUGUGAACAAGGACCAACUCGACAUACUCGCGACCCUACGAGACUCUGUCAACGAAGACAAGGUGGCCCUCGAAGCAGAUGUCGAACGGCUACAGAAGCAGAAUAAGGAGCUUACUGAUAAGAACCGCAUGCAGCUGGAGCAGGUCAAUGCGCUUCUGCUUGAGAAAGUCACAUUACAGAGCGAGGGUAUCGGCCAGAGGGAGAAGAUGUUGCAGCGUGAACGUGACUUUGGGGACCUUCGUGCGUCGUUAUCUGGCAAGGAUCUCCCGGAUGACAUCAAGUCUCGUCUACUCGCUCUGCAUGAGGAGAACGUUACAUUAAAGGAGUCAUUCAAGACCUCGCAAGAGAAGCUGCAGAAAGCCAGGCAAUUUAUCAAGGAGCAGGAUAGGCUCUUUAAGGAAGAGCAUGCUUCCAAGGCAGGGUCAUCCUCGGGAACUUUCGAAGAAGCUGAGGCAAGCUUCCGGUCCCAAAUCAAGAUCCUAGAGGAAGACCUUGCUCGUCAAAAACACCUAAUGCAGGACAUGACACGUCGAUACAGGCGAGAACAAGAUCUUAUGAUGAGUUCGCUGCAUGCCAUGGGUAUGAAGACAGCUCGUUCCCAUCUUGCCGCGCCGCAGAAGUCUCGACCCGAGUCUACAAGCUGGCUCAGUAAUCAGCGAGCACAAGUACGCCUUUUUGUACCUCGCCUUUAAAUAAGAGCUGACAAGACUGUCGUAGCGAAACCCUGUGCUACAACGUUG